GGUUAACCUAUCUACUACGUAUUCUACAACUACUAGAUGGUCUUCCUAGGAUGGCUUCCGCCCACAACGCUGCUGGUCACGAUCACAUAGACUCCGAUCCAGGUCCACUAUACCAAGAACCAUGGAUUCGAAAGCUCCUUCAACAGAUCCAGAUCUGUCUUCAGAUGAACAGUGACUGGCUUGGAAUCGACCUGUCACGACCACAACGCAUCCUCGAUUACGCAUGUGGAAAUGGAACAGUAUCAAGUGUAAGAUCUGCCACCACCAACCCCUCUCACUUUCGCGCGAUAGCCGUUGAUACUUCCAAGGCGCUCUUGCCUGCAUUCCCAAAAGCAACCUUUCAAGGCAUCGACAUCGCCACCUCCCAGGUCCGUCGUUACAAUGAUGAAGCCACGAAGCUACUUGGGGAGCCUCACCACCGCAUGUUUGCCAUUCAAGGAGACCUCUAUGAUCCACAAGCUGUCCUGAACGAGGCGCGAUGGUCUGGAUUCGACGCCUCCAUUAUUAGCUUUGCUCUUCAUCACACCAAAGACCCUGUGGAUAUGUUGACGCGACUACGACAGCGCGUUCGAUCCGGAGGUACUGUUGUCGUGCUUGAUUUUCUAAGGCAAUCUCCCGAUACUGCUCAACACGCAGAGGGAAAGGACCAGAAGUAUCAUGCGGAAGACAUGGUCAAACUAACCCAAGGGAUGAAAAUAUGGCCGGGGUUCACUAUGCAAGAUAUUCACGCUGAUAUGACCAGUGGCGGUUGCGUUAACGUUGAUGUGAAAGUGUUUCCAGAGCCGGUUGAAGGGCCUGAAGAGUUGCAGGGCUAUGGGAGGAUAUUUAUCGCCAAAGCCACUGUUCCUUAGGAACUGGGGGAUGCACAACAGAUAUUAGUCCGCGUCGGUGUAGUUAAACACUGCAUAUUUUAAUUGCUAGCACAGACUAGGAUCGUUGCA